UAAACCAUUAACACAAUUCACAGCUUGUUUUAGCAGUUAAAGAUGAACUGACAACAAAAACAAUUCGGGUAAUAGCAAAUAAACAAGCUGUGAUAUCCGUUAGGGUUGUUUACAGAACUUAUUCUACAAAAACAAGUACAAAACCUCCUACCUUCACUACACUCCUGACCUGGAUCAAAUCCAACAAACCACUCGUUUCAAUCAACAGCACAAGCUAGAAGCUAUUGACUGAUCUUCCGAUUCAAAUUCAGAAACACAAAAUGAGUGAAGAUAUUCGCUAUUUGCAGAAAAUCAGGGACAUACCUCGACUACAGCCGUACAUCAAGCAAGGAGUGGUAUCCACGGGAAGGCAUCUUGGAAAAGGAGCAUUUGGUUAUGUUGUUGAGCUCCAGCUUUACGGAGCAGUUUGUGCAGGGAAGAAGAUACAUGAGACGUUUCUUGAUCCGCUAAACAAAGGUGUCCAACAUAUCGUUGACAAAUUCAUCACUGAGUGUGAGCUAAUGUCACAAAUGCAUCACCCAAACAUAGUUCACUUUUAUGGCCUUGCUUUUCUUGACGAUAGCUUUAGUCCUGUUCUCGUAAUGGAACGACUCGACAAAAGUCUUGACGAUUUAUUGGAGACAAUUCCUGCAAAGGAUGUUUUAUUGUUUUUACGGCUGUCUAUUCUCUAUGAUGUUGCAAAAGGCCUCGUCUUUUUGCACUCCUAUCAACCACCCAUCAUACAUCGUGACCUCACUGCACGAAACAUCCUCCUCACAUCCACAAAGCAAGCAAAAAUUGCAGAUCUUGGAAACUCUCGCAUCAUCGACACAGAAGCUCUUUCGAGAAGUCUCAGCCAAACUCCAGGCACACUUGUGUACAUGCCACCAGAAGCCAUUGGUACCCCAGCCAUAUACGACACCAGCCUCGAUACAUUCUCUUUUGGUCACAUGUCUCUUUUCGUUUUUGGCCAUCGAUUUCCGAGUCCUCUCCUGCGGCCGAAUUACAACGAUCCAAACAGCCACCCUCCGAACAAACUCUGUGCAAGAAGUGAAGUAGAGCGUAGAGUUGCUUACUUUGAAGAAAUAGAAAGGAUGAAAGCAAUUCCUGCCAAACUGAUUGGAAUGGUAAAGCUCUGCCUAGAUAACAUACCGGAGUGUAGACCAACAUCCCAGAAAGUGUCUGAAAUCCUGGGCCAUUACAAAGAGCGUGUAGAGAAGCAAAGGAAGUCGGUGACGAUCGUAGAACAACAACCCCCUUCACCAUGUGCUACAGGUACCAGGAGAAGAAGUGAUCAAAUGACAAAAAUCAUGAGUGGCUCAUCGUUUGUGAUGGAGAUGCAGAUAUGCCAUGGGAAGAAAAAGAAUCAAUGCAGCAAGCGUUGUGUUCUCCACCUUGAAGAUGGAAAACUGAAAUAUCAAAUAUUGACCGACAAAAAAGUCCAGGAGCUGAAAUUGGACAGUGUUAUAUCUGUUGAACCUGUUUAUGAGGCACCACAGUUCCGCUUUGCUGUGUAUUUCGAGCACAAAAAAGAGAAGAAAGCUUGGUAUUUCAAAGCAGAUACAGAGGAAGACCGUAAUUGCUGGGUCACUGCUCUAAGGAGAUUCAUAAAUUCAUCUCAGCCUGAUCUUGCCUACAAGAUUGUUGAUCUAACCUCUGAACCACCACGUGGAUCGAGAAGAGAAACGUCACACCCUUUACCCCCGACACCUUUGCAGUCAAGAUUGAGUGAAGCAGAACUGCCUCGAUUGUACUCUGAAACAGAUGCAGCUUUGCACCAGAAAGCACAAAAGGUAGCAUUUUCAAGGCAGGCUGUUUCACUGCGUAAACCACCAAAGCAUAAACCAUCAAAGGGUAAUUAUGAGCACUUUAAGCCCCACUAUCACGAACAAUUCUGCACAAAUACAAACCCAUCAUACAAAGUGUUAAGUGCAAAGCCUCAAAUGCAAGGUGCCAUGCCUGUUUUUAGCGAUAAAAAGCGAGAUUCCUUAGCCAUCUUGAGCCAAAUACAAAUGCCUGAUUCAUCAAAGAAAAUAUCUCUACAAGAAUGCAAAGUUCUUGGCAAUACAUCAGAGGACUAUGAUGAUGUAGUACCAAAGCAAAUUCAACAGACCCACCCAGAUGAACUUUAUGAUGAAAUAGAUAGUAGGUAUGCAAAUAUUACCGGGGCACCACUCACACCUUUAAAGCCACAGUUUUUCCGAGAGAGAAGCCAUGUUUUACUCAAAAAACCAAUCAUUAAAGAAUCUGCUGCCAGUAGACCACGCUCUGCUGAAGUGCAAAUCCAAGAUGAGCAGACAACACCAGUAAGAGGUGGUCCAGGAGUUCUAAUGCCUGGUCUGUACAGUGGUAACAAGAAGAAUAAGAUUAUGAGAGUCAGGUCAUCGUCACCCACACAACGCAGCCAUGAGGGCGAGAGGAAAAUGUUGCGGUUUCCAUCAAUCCCGAAUCAUCGUUAUCCUGCCCAUGAGGAUGCAUUACCUCAGCAACAAAAAGGACCCUCAAAACCACUACAUGAGUUGCUGGGAACACUCCACAUACCAGAUAGCAAUCUCUUCGAGUGGAAACUUAUUGCAAAUGGUGAAUUCGGAGAUAUCUAUCAUGCGAAGCUGCGUAACCUAACUGGUGAGAUGGUAGACGUAGCUGUGAAAACUCUACAGACGUAUGAGGAUUCAAAGGACAUGGCCAACUUUGAGAAUGAAAUGGCUAUUUCUGCUGACCCUCUGAUAAACCACCCUAAUAUUGUUAAGGUGUAUGGGCUUGUUGAAGGCGCUGAUCAGAUUGUGAUGGAAUAUUUACCUUACGGAGACUUAAAAUCAUUUUUGAGCAAAAAUUCCCAACUUCUCUCUUAGCUUAUCAAAUAUAUGCUUGAUAUAGCCGAGGGAAUGGCAUUUCUUUCAGAAAGAGGUUUGAUUCACAGGGACUUGGCUGCUCGAAAUAUACUAAUGGCCUCAAGGGGAGAGACUUGCAUGACUUGUAAAGUGUCUGAUUUUGGGCUGCUUCGAAAGCUCCCAACAGAUGCUAACUACUACUUUCAAACGAAAAGUUCAAAAUGCCCAAUUC